CAAUGAAAAGGAGAAUUCAAUCCUCAACAUCAAUUGCAACGUUCCCGCCUUCCAGGAAAAAACCAGAUAUGUAUAUCAGCGGCGUAACAAUGGCUAAAUACUUCACUCAACGCGGUGAAGCAAAUCACCAUGAAUUUCGAACCUUCCGAGAACCUUCGAAUGAGGCUGCGCAUCUAAGUUAAGAAAGCCACCACAGUUGAUUGAAUCUUGCCCUACAGGGCUGCAUAAUGUGACGCCAAUGUCAGAUUACCCGUCGCAGCCAGGAAACUGUUCACCGAUCAAAAUAAGCAUCGCUUAGAAACUAGAUCUAUCCCCAUCCUAUUGAGGCCCCCGAAUGCUCGAUACAUGGAGGUUUUUGGCCUGAUUCGAAGAUAUGAGUAUCGGUGUACAGUUGCUGGAAUGCUGAUUUCUUUGGAAUUGUCAUGAGGGAAUGACGAAGGUGAAAAUUUCCAUCCCCUUCUUAACAAGUACGUGCAUGGUUGGUCUUAUUAGUAUGGAUCUGAUCUCAUCUUUUUGCGGAUUUCAGGUGGAUGACAUAUCUCUAUGCUUCUUUUAUACAUUUUUUCUGCUCUGUUUUAUGCUUUAGUUGGAAGGCAAGAUUGGAAAGCUUUCGCCAAUGCAAGUAUGAUGUCCACGUUUUCUCCUAUUAUUAUGUACAUAUCAGCUCAAGCUCAACACUGCAUGGAGAACAUGCAAGCUCUUCGCACCAAUAUUCAACAUGCACCAAAAUCCAUGAAAGAUGGUUGUGAAUUGGUCGGAAAGAAGCUAAAGACUAGCAGAAGGGUUUUCGAGGGCAAGUAAGUCUCUGUCCCUCCUUUAUGAUGCACUUCUGUUUUCUUUUUGGCCCAACUGUGCCUCCUUUCCUUUCCCGUUGCUCAUAAUAGGUCGGAUAUUCACGUACGGAGUGUUUUCUCUCUUUGUAGAGUAUCCCCGGACUGUUGGUAGUAGUUCGAGCAUCGAAAAGUUUUACGGGGAGUGGUUGUGCCGACGGCCUCGAUCACAUAAGACUUUAGGUUUCGCGCUAGCUUGGAUGGGUACAAAUUCGCUUUCCAGUUCUCCAUGGAAUUAUUCAUAGAUGUUCUUAUUUACUCAAACUAACUAUCAUGAAGUCGAAAGAGUACAAGCCCAAACCUUCGGCAUGAUGUGCCCAACAGAUUGGGUAUCUCCAUUACUCAAUGCGCAGAAGGAUCUAUUAUUUUUCUUGCUCUCUACUGCUGUUACCUGCUUUUGAUCGCCUUAAGUACGAAAUUCGAGCCAGUGCAGCCCUGUCAAAGCAUUUCUCACAUUCCACGUUAUCCGUAUGUUCGUCCCGGAACAGGCUCUUGCCGCCGUGGGCAUGUGUUUGGGUUUGGAUGGUUCCUUGAGUGGCCUGGAGGCCAGCGCCUUUUUAAUUCGACAUGGCCAUGGGUUGGGGUGAAGCUCUCCAUCCUGGUAUUGUGGGGUGUAUGUUGGAUGUUUUAUAUGCGAGUCGACUAUUGGCAGCAAGCACAGCCGUAUGCAUCUCGUAGCCGUCUGCAGUCAUUGUCUUGCGAGGCUCCCAGGCCCUCGGCGUUUAACUCGUCUCUGGUGACGAACAAUUAUUUACCAGCCGGUGAGCAGCAUGGCUUUCCUUGACGUUUGACUGACCAAAGGUGAGACGGUGCCGGGGUGUGAAUUAACCCUCCUCCAACCAGGAAGCCAUCAGGUUAGGAUGAACACUGGAAUAUCUCGAUUCAGCACAGAUCAAGGGUGCACUCUCAACCUUCUUUCUACCGUACUCGCCCUGGAUGAUUCAUGAUGCACGGCUGUAUGCAGAGCAUCACCUGCGAAUGCUUUGUGCUAAGUGAGAUUUUCCCAGGUGGUUGUUUCCAUACGGCUCUUAUUGUUUGUUGCAGUACUCUUUGAGGAAUUGUCUUCUCCCAGAUAUUUCAAAGGUACCGAUACGAAUGAUAAAUGAACAAAUCCAAGUAACUAUUUUCGAGGCAACCACUACUUACCAAUUUAAAUCAUUAUUCCUAUUUGGUUACUACUAGAAUACUUUUUAUAGAGAUAGUGAAAAAGACCCACCAGCAUCAACAAGAAUUACGAUUUCUCGUCCAUGGAAAUUUCUGGGUAUAAUCCAAGUGUAUUGGAAAUUCAAUACAAAAGCCAGGAUUCGAGGAUCGAGGAUUCAAUUUUACUCUGAUCACUACAAUAGUAUUUGUUGUUAAAUAAAUUUCAGUUUUCUGACUAUUUGAAUACUUUUUAGAUCAACAAUCAGGAUCAGUCAUCAAACAAGAACCUUACGACUACGAUCCAUUUAUCUUCGGUCAAUACCAGGGCGAUUAUAUUCAGGGCAACCAUUUACAACGGACCGGUGACUCCAACGGGCAUCCACGAUCUGAUUCGCAUUCGCAUUUGAACCAUACAAGGAUUUACACGCACAAUAGUGUAAAUCAAGAUAUCUUUCAGCCAAUACAAAAUUCAAAUCAGCUUCGGUAUACAUCUACUCGAAAUUACGCACAGGCAGCUGCGCCGAGAACACAACAAGGUGAGUCACGAUUUCUGCAUUAUGGGUUAUUUUUUGUUCCACACACACAUCCGAUUUCUCCAGUUCCAGUGCGCUACAACCCUGGAAUACGUACGGUUAUACGAAUGUCUACUAGGUAGUCAUCAGUUUCUUGCAUGUGAUGUGACUGAUGGGCAAUUCUCUUCUAUACACAGGUCUUUUAACCAUGUCGCAUACGAGUACAUCGGACAAUCGACCGGAUAGAUUAUCAAAGUCGCCAGCCUCUCCUCAACUUUGUCAAGGCCCCGACAGCAACGAAGGAAUAACCGAUACCGACAAUAUUAGAACGAGUCAUAAUUUAAAUUCGAGCCGUGGCGUCAACGAACUCGUGGCUGUCGUGCCUAUUGUGCCUAUUGUGCCUAUUGCCUCUGUCGCGCCUGGAGUUUUAAACCUUCAGCCAAAUAUAACAAGCAUUGGCUCCCCCGAUCGAGCUGAAGGUCGGAAUAACCUUAAUAAAGAAAAAGAACAUGAAAUUAAUGGACGUGGUAAAAGAGAUGGAUUACUAAUAAGCGUGGCUGGUACUUCGCCACAUCGCCUUAGCGCACAAGGCAAACACCAAUUUCAAGCCGCCGCUUUUCAAGUUCAAGGAUAUCAGCAAUACCAUUAUCAAGAAUCCAAUAAUCAUCCUCAAAACAACCAAGGCGGACUGUACGAGCGUGGCAAUCAUCUCCCUGACGAAUAUCAGCGAAAUCUACAUCCCUAUCCUAAUCGCAAUAAUACAUAUUUUCCUCAACAUUACCUUCAUAGCCAAGGAUCAAACUUCUUUCAAAGUUACGAUUCUUCCCGUCCAAACAACAACAUGAGCUUAAGCUACGAGUCCAGAACAUUUAUGCCUGAUACGCAGUACCCGAUGCAAAUGGCGCAUGAAACUCAGGAACAAGAUGAGUUCAAACCGCACGAUGAACCACAUUACCCAAGUCCGCCGCCUCCAAUGUCCGAAAACCCUUACACAGCACAACCUAUGACAGAAACUCCGGACCACACAUCAUUAGAGUUACCAGAAUUACCAAAAGAUGAGGAGGAAGCGCCAUCGCCCGGAAGAUCAAAGCCAGUGCCAAAACCUGACAGGGAGAUCACAAAGGAUGCGAAUGGAAGAUUUUACUGUACUUGGCCCGGAUGCACCGAAGAGACUAAAGAUUUCAACAGAAAAUGCGAGUGGAGGUAACGUAGUUUUCCCAUAUUGAUAAGUGACAUCAUUGACAUUUUAAUAGCAAACAUAUGGACAAACACGAUCGCCCUUAUAGAUGUAAGGAAACUGGUUGCGAAAAGCUUCCAGGAUUUACAUACUCUGGGGGCCUCCUUCGACACGAAAGAGAAGUACAUGGAAAACAUGGUGGGCCUAAAAAACAACUGAAUUGUCCUCAUCCGAACUGUAAACGUCAUACUGGAAAAGGAUUUUCCCGUCAAGAAAAUCUCAACGAACAUUUACGACGCGUGCAUACAGCAGAUGCAGGAAUGUCGCAAUUAGCCAUGGUCACUAUGGAGGAAGCUGAAGAAGAUCCUAAUCAAGCAGUCAUAACAGGCAUGAAGAGAAAACGCGGAAAUAGCAAGGGAGAUACAAGUGAACUUGAGAAUCUGCGAGAGGAGAUUAAGAAAAUGAAGGCGGAAAAUGAUGAACUAAAAAGACAAUCACAGGCCCAGCAAGCACAAACUGCAGAAGUUAUGCGUCAACUCGUUGAAUUGCAAAAUUUGGCAACAUUACAACAUCCGCGGAUGAAUGCACCACAAGCUAACAUGUAAAUCUCCGAGAAGGAUGAAUUUAGUUGAGAUGAAAGUUGAGGAGAUGAGAAAUGUUCUUUUAUAUGCAUGGAAAUAAUCGUCUUUCUAGGAAGGAUGAAUGUUUGCUUGCCUGCUUGCUUGCAUGAUUGGGUGGAAGGGGCAUUUGGUGGAGUUCAAUGGAUGUAGUCACGGCACUUUAUUUUGGCGUUCUUACGAGAUUUUGUGUUCUGGUGAAGAAAGACGGACGGACGGAUGAGUUUGUUUUGAUUACCAAUAUCUGCCAGUACUGGUCGUAGGAGCAGUUUUUCAACUUGGGAUCCCAAAGCUGACUCUCGUACGCGUAGCAUAAACUUGCUAUAUAAGAUACAGAUGUACUAGUACAGCGGAGCAAAAAUACCACUAUAGAUAAAGGAUGGAUGUAUUGAUUUGAUUGAUUGAUUUAAUUGAUUUUAUGUAAUUGAUAAAUACUUGCUUGUUUACUUGUUCACUUUCCUGGUUUCCUGGUUCCUUACUUACUAGAUACCUGGUAUUUAAUAUCCGAGCACCUAUCUAUCUAUCCUACAUCCUAUCUGUUCAUUCGG